ACCGGGGAGCCCGAACCGGACCCGAUGCCGACCGCCGUCGGUGGCAUUCUCGUAGAUAUCCAUCAUUUUCUAUAGCACAACGUCGCCGUCGGCGACGCGCCGACCACUGUCGUGCCGUCGCUCCAAUUCUCACAAAGCGUACGCUGCCUCGGCCGCUCUUUGUUUCUCCUAAACCUCCAAACGGUAAAAAGGGAAGGUACUGUGCCCACUUUAUGAUGAACAGUAAGAGAGGCAGAGAAGCGAGAAUCCUCCUAUUAGCCAAAGGGCGAUGCUAUGGUCUUUGUUUGGCUUUUACCUACCUGCAACCGGACGACGCACUCCGCGCUGGCAUACUAAAGCAAAAGAAGAUUCCCCCUCUUCUUCCUUUUCCCUUUCCCUUCUCCAUUCCACCUUGCCCGCCCUAAAACCCUAGAUCUAUGAUCAUACAGAUGAUGUGAUUGCUCUCUGGAGCUCUUUCGUUCUCUUUGUUGCCGUACGUCCAAAGCGCUUUCCCUUUCUGGUUUCUCCGAUGGGCUGCGCCGGUUCGAAGCUCGAGGAGCUGAAUGCCGUUGCUCUCUGCCGCGAAAGGUCCGACCUUCUCGCCGAAGCUAUUCGCCACCGCUACGCUCUUGCGGACGCGCACGCGGCUUACGCUGACUCGCUCCGUUCCGUCGGCGCCGCACUCCAUCGGUUUCUCGACAGCGACCUUGCAGCCCACUUGCAGGGAUCGCCCAUCCUUUCUCUUCCAGCGCAGCGUAAAGGCGAUCCAUUUCCCCCAACUUCGCCUGCGCCGCCACCACCGGGUGCUGCGGCGGUGGAAGGCAUUUCCUCGGCGCACUCUAGCUCCCGAUCUCAAUCUGGCUCACACAUUCACUUCCACUCCUCCGAUGACUCCGACUCGGACGGCGACUUGCUUCAACACUCCGACAGCGACUCCCCUGUUCAUCUUCACACCGAUCACCAUGAACUCCUAAGUGGACCAACCUAUUUCAACGUUCACUACGCGCGUAGCAAUCCGCCUCCUACCUCUGUUUCUUUUGAACAGCGCGUGGAAAGCCCUGAGCUAGUGCACUACGGCUCUGUUACUGAACCCUCGUCGUCGUCUUCUUACCCCUUUGCUUACGUUUAUCAGCCCAGCUAUUAUGGCUACCCUGGAAUGGGCGGUUUCUUCGGCUCUCAAUCACCACCUGCUGCAAUGUCUCAGGCUCCUCCUAAUGGCCCUGAAGCUAACUCCAAAGCUUCCACUUCCCGGGCAGCUCUGCUUCCUCCUUCCCCGCCGAGGACGUCUACCUGGGACUUCCUGAACCCAUUUGAGUCCUUUGAGAGCUACUACCCGCCUUACACACCCAGCCGGACCUCUAAGGAGGCGAGGGAAGAUGAAGGCAUCCCUGAUCUUGAAGAGGAUGAGCAAGAAGUUAUAAAGGAAGCUUAUGUGGACCAAAAAUUUGUAGCUCAUAACUCUGCAGCCGCUAUGCCGGAGUACUCCGGUAAAGGUGCAUCAGCUUCCGGAGAGAAUGUUGGCAGUUCAGUGGAGGGUUCAAGGUAUGAUCUGAGGCUGAAGGAGGAUGAGGUGGAAGUGGUGGAAAAGAAUGUUGUUGGUGGUGCGGUGCAGAAGCCCCAUGAAGGGAGGUCUGUAGCGGCUCCUCGAAGAUAUCAUGAUGUAUCUGAGGUUGCAAGCGAGAUAAGGGUCCAGUUUGAGCGGGCAGCUGAGUCAACCAAAGACCUGUCUAGGCUGCUCGAAGUGGGAAAGCUUCCCUACAUCAGAAAAAAAUCUGUUUUUGCAGCAUCUUCAAGAAUGAUGUGUGUGAUUCCGGCCCUUAUGUCCAAGGAUGAAGAUUUAGUAUAUGAUGAGGAUAAAGUAAUGAGCUCUUGGAAUCUUUCUUCAACAUUGCAGAAGCUAUAUAUUUGGGAACAAAAGCUCCAUGCUGAAAUCAGAGUUGAGGAAAAGAUGCGGUUGCUUCAUGAUAGAAACAGUAAGAAACUGAAGCGCUUGGAUGUAAGAGGGGCAGAAGCUCACAAGAUAGAGGCUACUCAAACAUUUGUAAGGAAGCUGUCAACAAAGAUAAGGAUUGCAAUACAGAUUGUUAACUCUAUAACUACAAAGAUAGAUGUUCUGAGAGAUGAAGAGCUGUGGCCUCAGAUAGACGGACUCAUCCAGGGCUUUGAGAGAAUGUGGGGGGUUAUGUUGGAAUGCCAUCAAAUUCAAAACCAGGCAAUAGCUGAAGCUAGUCAUUUAGAUUCCAUUGCAUCUAGAGGAAAGGUCAGUGAUGAACUUAUGAAUGCCAUUAUGCAUCUUGAAAUGGAGUUAAUGAGGUGGAUAGGAAACUUCUCUGCCUGGAUAAAUUCACAGAAAAACUUCAUUAAAGCAUUGAAUAGCUGGCUCGUACUUUGCCUUCACUACGAACCAGAAGUAACUGCUGAUGGGAUUCCUCCUUAUUCUCCUGGGAGAAUUGGUGCUCCCCCAGUCUUUGUCAUAUUUAAUUGCUGGUCUCAAGCUCUGGAUAGAGUUUCAGAUAAGGAGAUUGUGUUUGCUAUGUAUUCUUCUGCUGCCACCAUAAAGCAACUAUGGCAACACAGUGACAUGGAACUACGUCAAAAGAUGAUUUCCAAUAGAGACAUGGAGAGACUGUUUAAAACGAGGGAAAGAGAAGUACAAGCCAUUAACAAGGAAUUAGAUGCGCUUAACAUUUCAUCGAAGAACCAAUCUGCUGAACCUACCAGUCUUCAAUCUGCUCUACGACAACUCUUUCAGUCCAUGGAAAAUUUUGCAACUGAUACCAUGAAAGCUUAUGAGGAUCUCCAUGCCCGUGCAGUAGAACAGAAGGCCAUGCCCGUGCAGUAGAACAGAAGGCAGUUACAGAGGAAGCAAAAAUCUCACGGAUGUAAAGAAGUAAUCUUCCAUGAGCUUGGAGUCAUGAUCUUCCGUGGAACUAUUAUGCUGAAGGUGAAGCCCUGUGAAGAACCAAUCUUCUGGCGAGCUUGUUUCAAUGACCUUCAUUAGUUCAUCAAAUUGCUGCUUUGCACUGAUUAUGAAAGGUUGUUUGAGCAGUGGGAGCUGCUCUUUUAAUGGCAGAUGGCUUUGCUUCCUGAGUUGAAGAACGCAUACUGGACAGAAAGGAAAAAAAGCUUAAAAGAGGAUUGAUUGAUAAGAAAUCAAACUGUGAUCCAGCUCUGCAAUCUCCGGCGGAGCUCUACAUUCUGAAACCAGUUGCUGGCACUGAUACUCCAUUUUUGUGGGAAAUGGAUGUGCUAAAGGGACUGGAUGAAUUGUUGCCUUUGGUUCUUAGACGAAGCUAGGCAGGUAAAUGUUCCCAUUCUGUCUUUAAGCAAAGGCAAUUAGUGUUGCAUUAUGUAAAUUUUCAACUAGGUCUGAUAAUGUGUAGUAAAAUAAUCAUAGGAUACUAUCUUAUGUACAUUUCUCUCUAUUUAAUUGGAAUCAUUUCUUUUGUUGCAAGGCUGACAAAAUAUAUCUAUGCUUCUUAC